UGCAGAUCGUUAAGAUGGCAUCCCGUGGCAUCGCCCCUCUUUCCAGUCGUAGUAGUCAGGAGAACAUGAUGGGUUUGGGACGAAUGGAUGGCCUGCACGGCCACAAGCCCGGCCAAAGGGUUGUGCUCCGUGUUUUAAACGAGAAUGACCAACAUAAUCGACUAUUUGGCCAGGCUUCAUCCAAAUAUGAACCUGCUUUCCACGAUGCAUCUGUCCAUGGCAUUACCACUGCUGGUGUCCAUGUGUCUGAACCAGUCCUGGUUCAGUCAACUAAACAAUCAGCUGGCUCAUUCUUGCUGUCCUCCGAGCUUCUCCUGCUGGAUGAUGCUGUCAAUGAUAUUGGCUCAGCAUCGUUCAUGGAUGUGUCUAUGCAGUCCUUGCCAGAGGAAAAAGACACUACUUCAGAGGACAUCUUGUGUGUUCCAGAAUAUGCAGAGGACAUCCAUAGAUACUUGCGUGAAUGUGAAGUUCAAUACAGGGCAAAGUCUGGUUACAUGAGAAAGCAGCCUGACAUAACCAACUGCAUGAGGAUUAUCCUUGUUGACUGGCUGGUUGAAGUUGCUGAGGAAUACAAUCUGUGCUCUGAGACCAUCUUCCUGGCUGUUAAUUACCUGGACCGCUUCCUUUCGUGCAUGUCUGUUCUGAGAGGAAAACUGCAGCUUGUGGGAACGGCUUCCAUACUCCUGGCUGCGAAAUACGAGGAGGUGUGUCCUCCGGAAGUGGAUGAGUUUGUGUACAUCACGGAUGACACCUAUACCAAGAAACAGCUGCUUCGAAUGGAGCAACACCUGCUCCGUGUGCUUGCCUUUGACAUGACUGCACCCACAGCCUACCAGUUUCUGAUGCAGUAUAAUUUGGAGGAGCAAAUUUGUGCCAGGACUGUGAACCUCGCUUUGUAUCUUUCAGAGUUGAGCCUGCUUGAAGUGGAUCCCUUUGUGCAAUAUCUACCUUCCAAGAUUGCUGCAGCUGCAUAUUGUCUGGCAAACUACACUCUGAAUGGGGAUCUGUGGCCUGAGAACUUGUAUGCCUUCACUGGUUACACUCUGGCAGUCAUUGGCCCAUGUUUGAAGGAGCUUCAUAAGCUCCAUAUGUGCGCCGGAAGUCGCCCCCAGCAGGCUAUUCAGGAGAAGUACAAGAGUGCCAAAUAUUGUGGUGUGUCUCAACUGAAACCUGUGGAGGCUCUGUCACUACCCUAAUGUUUUGGUGACCACAUGGAUGCCCCAAGGCCAACAAAUGAACUGCAG